ACCAAUCAGAGAGCUUCCUCUCACCGACCACCGAUUCAACAUGUGGAAUCGUCUGAAAAAAGGCAGGUGGGGGCCGACAUGUAGCGACGGAGCCACACUGCACAAAAAACUAGAGAGACGGACGACGAUCUCCUUGGUGUGUCAGGGCCUUGAGGGUGGAAGGGGGGUAAGGGUCGGGAGGUGAAUGAAAGAAGGACGAUGGACUGGUGUCAGCCGAUGUAGAAACGAUGUGAUGAGACCAGAGGGGUCGAGACUCUGGGUCGGGGGUCGUCUCUUUGUUGCUCUCUGUAUGGACCCUCGUGGUUCCUGGGGCGGGAUGUGAAACCAGCGUCAGAGAAAUAAGAGUGAUGAAGGCUUAAGUAUGUAUGAAAUGGAAAUGGGUUGUGUUUGAGGCGUGGUCUUUGUUCCUGAACCAAGUUUAAAAGACGAUCUUUAAUGAUGUCACAGCAUAGCUAAACGCUGAGAUUAAACAAAGCCAUGGAAACACUUUCUUUAUCUCCUGUACAAAAUACUUCCUUUGUGGGCAACAAUUUGCCUUAAGAUAAUUCUUUAUUUGGUCUUUUUGUUGUUAAUUACUUUUAGUUUUUGCUAUGAGUAUAUUUUUGCCUGCACUGAGGAAAAAAGGGAGACACAUUGGUGUUACUAAAAAUGUGUUUAUUUUUUAUGACUAAAAGAAAUACUCAACUUUUGUCUGCUCCGAUUUUCAGAAAAUGUGUGCUCAAACUUCUCACACAUGUUUUGAGGAGCUCUGAGACUUAUUUAAAGUGGUUGAAGAGGAGGAGGAUAUGUGACCUUUAAAGGAGAGAAAGAAAACAAUGCUGGAGAGAAGAAGUCUGGGUUAAAUUGCUUCACCUGUUAAGUAUAAAUAACAAAAGUGAAACACCUUUGCAGUGAUCUGAAUGAACGAGGUGAAUCCUCUGAGUACCAAGAAUGUCUGUGCAACAUUCAAACCCAAGUGGACAAAACGAUUGGACUGACAGACAUUGAUGUCCACAGAGAAACUCUGCUAGUGUGUCUAAAGACAUCAGAGAAAGUCAUGUUGAUGUGGACUUCAGAGAAACUCAUCAUGUGGCUGAAAUAUGAUCCUGCUUCACAAUCUGGAGUCCUUCAGCAGCAGACAGGUUUUUGUAUCAGUCUGUUUCACUGUGGGAGUACACAUCUUCGGCUCUGGGACUAAACUGUUUGUCACAGAUGAGCAGGUGGUGAAGCCCGUUGUGCGCUUGUACCCGGCAGCAUCGAGAGCCCAGCUGGAGGAGAAGAGCUCUCUACUGUGUGUGGCCUCAGCCAUGUUUCCUCCUCUGGUCCAGAUCUCCUGGAAAAAACAGAAAGGGAGUGAUCCUCUGGAGGAUGUGAACCCUGCUGAUGUGAAGCAGCAGGAGCUGAGGGAGUCGGGGUGCAGCGCCUCCAUCUUGACGAUCCCUCAGAGAAAGUACAACCCUUAUAAAUACCUCUGCUCAGUGCAGCAUGAGGGGGGCACAGUGACUGCUCAAACAGAAAUAGUGUCCUUUCAGUCUCAGUGCAAGGUGAAGCUGCUGACGCUGCUGUACACGGUGCUGAUACUGAAGAGUCUGGUGUACUGCUGUGGACUCUCUCUGCUGAGGAUCUUCAGAAACAACAAACCGUCCAUCCACUGAACAUGUGCUGACUGAUUGUCUUCUGAUGUUAUGUGCCGUAGUGUUUUUGUAGUUUUUAUGAAAGAAGCUUGUUUGUGAAAAAGUAAAGCUCUAUGCUGAUGA